GUGUUUCAACCGGUGUGACGGUGUGAGUUUUACGUACCGGUGACAAGCUGCGCUCAGAAAUGAACGCAGUGACACAAACGAGCCCCAGGAACUACUCAAGUCAAACACAAAACCUGCAACAUUGAGCUUUUCAAGAUGGGUUUAGAAUCUGUGUCAAGGAUAAUAAAAGUCCAGCUCCCAGCCUACCUCAAGAAGCUUCCGCUUCCGGAGACGAUCGGCGGAUUUGCGAGGUUGACAGUGUCCGAGUGGCUCCGGUUGCUGCCUCUCCUGGGUAUCCUGGCUCUGCUGGGCUAUCUGACCAUUCGCCCGUUCAUGCCUAAGAAGAAGAAGCAGAAAGACAGUCUGAUCAACCUGAAGAUCCAGAAAGAGAACCCGAAAGUGGUCAACGAGAUAGACAUCGAGGACCUGAAGAGCCCAAGGGUGUGUUACUGUCGCUGUUGGCGCUCCAAAACGUUUCCUGUGUGUGACAUGUCGCACUUAAAGCACAACGAGCUAACUGGAGACAACGUGGGACCGCUCAUACUCAAGAAGAAGAUGAUACUAUAAUUGGCCGCUGAUGGGAGUUUUCCUCUCACCUCCCCAGUCUUUGGUUUUCAUAGUUAACAGCUAGUUUUCUGUCUUUUGUUGUUUUUUUAACAAAAGUCUUGGUCUUGGCUUGGUGUUGUGUUUAAGUUGCUCAUAAAUGGGGAUGACCAGAGUCUUUACUUGAAGUGGUCCUAAAACACCUACAAAUAUAAAAUUCCAGUUGUAUUGUGUGAAAACGGUAUUGUAGGUUCUGUAAUGAUAUCAAGCAGCAAGGAAACUUUUUUUUCCGUUUCUUUUUGGGGCCUUUGUUCAUGGUUUACUUUCACUUUAACAGGGCAGCCUUUUUAUAUGACCAAGUUAAACUGUAGUCAUGUCUCACUCUUUUUGGAAUCAAUUACAAAUCGGGACCACUUUGAGAGGAAAGCUUGAAACAUAAAUGCGAUGAUCUUAUGACUUUAAAUAUUCUGAACCCAUCAGAGUAUUAUUUUUUUUUUUUUUUUUGGGUUGUUUAAAAUGAAAUACUUGAUAGUAGUCCAACCCAUAACCAACAUUUUGUACUGUAAGUCUUCAUUUUGGACGAUUCUUAGGUUUGAUUUUGUCUGUGUGCCAAAUAUCAACAUGCUGUUCACUUUCAGGGUGUGAUUUAUUCUCUACUAAGUUAUUGUGUUUAUGGGAAAUGGUCAAAUAUUUAUUUGUUCAUAGCCUUUAAACAUUUGAGUUCUCAAUUUUGUUUUCAAUUCUGUUGCCUCCAAACAUUUCAAACCACUACACCGUUUAGUAAUAUCCAGUCGUACAGUUUCAACCUCAGUACGGUGUUGAGGUUUCACAAAGUAACUUCUGCAGCAUCAGACUUUAGCUCUGUACCGUUUCUUCUCUUCUUGCUUCUGUAUUGUCACAAUGGCUGUGCAUCGUCGACGACCUGCUGGAAUGUUCCUCCUCGAUUCAUCAGCAUUAUUUUAUACAUGAACAGCUUGUAUCGUCAGAUCUGUACUUCCACAAUGAUGCCUAUGAAUGUCUGUCUUUGUGAACUUUUGUAAGUUGAUGGCUUGCAUCGACUACUCUGUUUAAUUUGUAAAAAGCAACAGUCGGGAUGUUAAACUCAGUUUUUGGCAAACGGAA